CGACCCGGACGCGGCGGCGGCGGCGAGCUCGGCCAUCCGGCAUGGCGCGCCACGUGUUCCUCACCGGGCCGCCAGGGGUUGGAAAAACAACCUUGAUCCAGAAAGCCAGUGAGGAUUUGAAGUCCUCUGGGGUGCUCGUGGAUGGAUUUUAUACAGAAGAAGUCAGGCAGGGAGGGAGAAGGACAGGAUUUGAUGUUGUCACUUUGUCCGGCACGCGGGGGCCUCUGUCCAGAGUUGGGCCAGACCCUGUGCCUGGAAAGCGCGAGUGCCGGGUUGGGCAGUACGUGGUGGACGUGACUUCUUUUGAGCAGUUGGCACUUCCCAUCUUGAGGAACGUGGGUUCCGGUGGCCCUGGGCGCAGAGUGUGUGUCAUUGACGAGAUCGGGAAGAUGGAGCUCUUCAGCCAGCCCUUCAUCCAGGCUGUGCGCCAGACACUGUCCUCACCAGGGACCGUCGUCCUGGGCACCAUCCCCAUUCCCAAGGGAAAGCUGCUGGCCCUGGUGGAGGAGAUCCGGAGCAGGCCUGACGUGAAAGUGUUCAGUAAGAAAGAACCGGUGGCUUUGAAGACGGAGCAACAGUUUACCCACAGAGCGGGCAGAAUGAACAAAACCAGCGAGCCCUGGGGACAGUAAGGUGCAGUAGCCCAGAUCUCCCAUGUUUGUUAAAGGACACAAACCUACAGAUUCAAAAAGCCUGGUGACCCUCAGCAAGAUAGACCAAGUGUCCAUGCCAAGAGCCUCAGCACCAAGUCUUGGACAUUGGGACGAGUCUUGAGGGCAGCGAGAGAAAAGCGGCCCCUGACUCAGGCAGAAGCAGUGACUGUGGAGACCCCUGUCAGACCAGGGGCCAGAGGCACAGCUCCGCUCCAGGCUAGGAGCAGCACCCGGGCACCCAGAGGACUCUGCCAAGGUGAAGGUCCCUCAGGAACCUGGGGAGAACACUCUGUGCAGAGGCAGAACUGCACACCUUGGCUGCGUGUCCCAGGCUCUCCAGAUCGUGUGGGGCAGGUGAGGCAGAAAUGAGGACAUUCUCCGGUAUGUAAGUAGAUGAAGAAAGUCAGCCAGAAGAGUCGCCUACAUGCCCCGCAGGUGUGGCCGGAGAGCUGUGGUGGACCCGCCUCUCUGCCCUCGGGAGCCUGUGGGUGCUGCUCUCUCCCCUGCAGGCUCCCCAGUGAGGACAGCAGCCCUGCUGCAUGGAGGGGACCUGCCAAGCAAGCGUGCUUGGGAUACGUCCAGCUGUGGGAUGCAUCCAGCCAUGGCUGGGCAGAAGGGAAGGCCAGGCAGGGUGGACAGGUCUCUGGAGGGGCCAGAAGGCCUCUCCAAGUGCUGCUUGAGUACUGGCCUUAGGCAGGAGGAGGAUCAGGAGAGUGGCUGCUUGGGACAAGAGUUUGUCUCCAGUGACUUGCUUUCGAGCUCGGAGUGGACUUUGGCAUCGCUGCCGUUUGUCUCUGAGAGAAGUCACCAACUUGUUCUGCCUUCCAGCCUGCAUCACAGCAUUGGCAAGGUUCAGAUCCUCUGCAGCCGGCACCUCGGGGGGCCAUGAGGCUGGCGCCUCAUCUGGCUUGAGUCCCUGGCUGCAGCUGGGGUGCUGUUUGUGCUGUGUGUGCUGCCUUCUGCCCUGGACAUGCUCCUGCCUUGCUGGCUGCUGUCCUCCUCUGUUCCAACAGAAGCUGAGCUGCUGAUGUCAGCAGUCCCACCUCAGUCAGCCCAGGUGCUUCCCUGACCUGCUGUGUGCCGCUGGGCUCCUGGUCCUGCUUGUUCUGCCUGGAGACCUUUCAGCCACAGGAAGGUCUUGGAGGUGCAGGGACUCCACCGAGGCUUGGGCACUGACCAAGGCCUUCUUGAAGUUAUGCUGCUCUUUCAGGACUUUGGCUGAAUUUUUUUUUAUGGCUUCUAAAGCCUAUUGCUCUGUAAAUAUAACCACUGAAAACUUUAAAAAAAUUUUUUAAACUUAUUUUAGUAUUUGGCUAAUGGAGGCUAGUUAUGAAAACAACAGGUAAUGGCUGUGUUGAUGCCGGAGAGGCAGAAGGUGAAAGCCUUUUUGAUCAAGGGGCCUGGAAAGGGUGAUGUGUACUUCCUGUAGUUUCCUGAUGAACAGGGCAGAGCAGACCUGCAGGCUCAGCCUGCAGACUCGCCCCGCCAGCAGCAUGUGAGGCGGGAGGCAGCAUCCACCAGAGCCUGCAGUAGUGACCGUGCCCACUGUCCUCGGUGACUCCAGAGUCUGAGCACUGGUGUGAUCCCACGACCCUGCUGCCUUCAUUCCUGGGGAUGAGGCAUGUGAUUUGGCCACAUGAGCUCAGAUGCUUAGAAGUUAUUUGAUUUUUCUGCUUUAUAAAUGUGUUAAUUUAACCAAACUCUACUUUUAUGGUCAGAAUCCAGACCCUUAAACUUGCUUCUUCCACCAAGCCAUUUUUAUUCUUUCAGUUUUCGCUUUGGGGUUGAAGGAUCACAAGUGUACUAGAUGCUAGGUCCCAAGUUCUAAUUUGGAAGUUUUUAGACCUCAUGCUCUUCUUGCUGUGUGUAUUUUAAACAAAUAGGACAUAAAUUGUUUUCUUCUUAUUGGGAAUCCUGUACUGUCCCUGGUUCCACACACCUGUUCUCUGGAUGCAGAGCCAGGGCCAGCGCCUGAUGCUGGAUACUGUGAUAUCAGAAGUCAGUGGUGGUCAAGUCUUUGUGCAGAAAUUGAGAGGCCGAUCCUGAAAUGCACAUGAAAAUACAAGGGGCCCAGCCGAUUAAUCUGCAAAAAGAAUAAUGUUGGAGGACUCACACUUCCUGAUUUUAAGUUUCACUCAGAGUAGUUGAAACUAUGGCACUAGUGCAGGGUAGACAUGGAAACCUUUGGAAGAGAGUGGGAAGUUCAAAAAUAGACUCUUAGUCUGUGACCAGUUGAUUUCUGUGAGGGAGCCUGGGUGGUACAAUGGGGGAAAGAGCAGUGUUUUCCACAAAUGGAACUGGAAAACUGGAUAUCCACAUGCAAGAGAACAGAGUUGGACUCUUACUUCACACUGGGCACAAAAUGAACUCGAAAUAGGUCAUAGAUUUAAAUAUAAGAGGUGAAUCUAUGGAACUCUUGGGAGAAAAUAUAGGAGUACGUGUUUGUGAACAGCAGUUAGGCAAAGCCUUGUUUGAAAGAACACCCCAAACUUAAACAACAAAGGAAGAAUCGGUAAGUUGGACUACACCCAGAUGGUCAGCCUUUUGCUUCAGAGGCUCCAGCCAGAGUGGGAGACAAGCACAGAGGGGAGAAGAGGCUGGCAAAUGAUGUACCAGAUGGGCCAUGGCCAGAGUCCCACACCCGUGGUCCCACUCACUUAGUGUCCAGCAGAGGCAGAGUUAUCAGACAGGGGGUAGAUGUGGUCAGGGAGGGUAGGCAGGGGUAACAAGAUGGGGUUUCUUUGUGGGGUGAUGACAUGUUCUGAUCUUAGAUAGCGUGAGGAUCGCAGACUUUGAAUGUGCUAAACACUGAAUUCUACUCUGGAGGUGAGUUUUAUGAUGUAUGAAUUAUGUCUCUGUAACCCCACCACCAUCACACAGAGAAAUCAGGUAGGAGGUCCACCUGGAGAAGCCCUGGCACCACUGCCCUCUCUGGGAGACAUAGGUCAACACUUAGUGACCACCUCCCUUCCACAUGUGGGGAGAAGCGUGGUGCUAUCUGGGGCCGCUUCCCCUUCUCACAGAGCCACUGAUGAGGUUCCGGGACCCCACCUGGUGUCCUCAUCUAAUCUGAAUCGUCUCCCAAAGACCCCAGCCCCAAAUGCCAUGUGCAGAGAGUUUAGUUUUCCAGACAUGGACCUUGGUGGACAGUCAAACCAGAGCUGGCUGCUGGGGCCCGCUGCUCCUCUCAGGCCUGCCCUCACUGGCCUCUGCAGGCCUCCAGUGCGUCCCUUCCCCAUACCAGGGGUCUUUGCCCAGGUCCCUCCAUGCCCAGGUGCAUCCAGCUGUGGAAGCCCUGGGCUACCCCUCCAGGUCCUGCGCCUCUCUGGCCCCUUCUGAGCAGUCCUUGGUCACCCCUCCCCCCAUUCACAUUACCCAUCUCCUGCUCUGUGAAUUCCACGAUGUCAGGGUCCUUUCUGAGGUGUCCUUGCCUGUGUGUGUUGAGCAGGUAUCCAUGUGGGCCUGCGACAGGAGGAGUCAGUCCUGCCCUCCCUGAGCCCUCUGCAUGCUCUGAUUCUGCUUGAGUCUGGGGUUGAGGGCUGAGUCUGGCAGUGAGGGCCAAGUCUGGAGGUGAGGGCUGAGUCCUGUGGUAAGGUCCCAGUCUGGAGGUAAGGGCCGAGUCUGGCUGAGUCUGGCCGAGUCUGGUGGUGAGGGAGACAUGCAGCAGCGGGGCAAGUGGGCUGGAACAGACUCUGGCUGUCUUGGUUGACCCAUUUGUGUCUGAUGGAGGACACAUGCUGGGGUCAGAAGGCUCAGUCACCUUCUGUGCCUUGUCCUGUCACUUCUCUGGCUCAGCCCGUCCUCUUGCUACACUCAGGUCCCCCAAGUCCCUGGGGGCCCAGGUAGUUCUGCUGACUUGGGAGCACAUUCAGGGUUCUGGGUGCCCCUGGGUCUCUGGUGGCUCCUUCUGUCCCAGUGCGACUGUCCCGCUUGCCCUCCCACCUCCAUACCACCCUGCAGCUCCUGGUUCACGCUCUUCCCAAGUUUGGAUCCCCCAGCACUCAAAGCUGCUGUCACUUGGUUUGUUGGUACCAGGAUUGAAUCCAGGGUGCUUAAUCACUGGGCCACAGCCCUGCCCCUUUUUAGUUUUUAUUUUGGGACAGGGUCUCACUAAGUUGCUGAGGCUGGCCUUGAACUUGGAUCCUCCCGCCCCAGCCUUCUGAGUCGCUCGGGUCAUAGAUGUGCACCACUGUGCCUGGCUGCUGGCACUUCUUGAGUUGUCUCUGCAGAGCUGACAGUGGGACUGAGACACCUGUCCCAUCCCAGAGCGUCCCUGGGGAUGGCUGCAGCUCCCUCCCAGUCUUCCUGGCUCUCCUUGUCGGUAUUUCCCCUCAGGGUGGAGGGAAGGAGGGAGCUCUGAAGCCUGCUCUCUGCCUGUCCCACAGGUCACCAAGGAAAACAGAAACCUCCUUCUACCGGAUAUCGUGAAGUGGGUGCAGAGCAGCGGGAAGUGAGGUGGGGCUGCUUCCUGCACUGCUGCCCUCAGGAGGCGCCCAGUGGCCUGCUGCAAGUGGCCGUGCCUCCAGGCUUCUGGACCUUGCGGCCAGGAAGGCUGAGGUCAGGGUGGCCAUGUGCUGACCACAGCCCCUCACAGCCUGCUCACGCUCAGGGCUUUCUGUUCAUUUCUUCUUCAGCUGCAUGUGGUCUGGUAAAGCAGGAACCAAGCAAAGGCGCUAGUAGUCACUGGAAUUUGCUCCAUUGAAGUUUGUCCUAGUGUCGCUGAGUGGACAGCAAGCUCACUGCCUGUUCACCGCAGGUCCUGAAAGUUAAAGGCCUCUCCUGGGUUCUGUCUCCUGCAGCACGAAGUCUUGUUUCCUAGGAAAGUUAUUUGGGGUUCUCCCCUAUCUCUUGUGUAUUUCUCCAUUAAUUGCUAAAUAAAAUUAAAGCAAACCUGGUGUUUCAAA